CUGACGAGCUUUUCUUUCUGAUGUUUUCUUCACGGUCUUCAUUUAUUGAUGAGCCUGCAUGUUAAUCUCUUAUAAUCUGCUUUUAUUUAAACGUCUCUGCUCUUGGAGGUUCGUGAUGAGCUUUUUGUGAUAUUUCCGAGAAAACGGGAUAAUUUUCUGGGUUUCAGGUGUAAAAAGACCGUGUUUUCCUCAGAGUGGGGAUGCAGGCUCAUCCCUCCCCCUACCAGAGGACAAAGACUAAAAUGGGUCAGACUCCGGAGAGGAAGCAGCACAUCUUGCGCACCAGCCAUCAUGUAAUGUAGUUGAUGAUCCAGAGACAGAAGCUGCAGCUGACCGGCUCCCCCGCCGCGUGACGGCCGACUCGUCGCCGCUUUUAGCCGCUGGAUGUUCCGCUGCCGCCGAAGCGGAGACGUUAUUGUUCUGCGGGUUUAUUCUGAGUAGGCUUUUAUUUUUAUUUCAACAUGUCCUCUCGGAAUGGGUGAAGCCUUGGACUGAAGCGGGUUUUAACGCAGCUGCUGGAGCCUCUAGUUUCCAGGCAAACGCCGACUCAUCUGACCGACCGACGGAGGACGAUGGCAGCGCCGAGUUGUCCACGGUGAACGUAGAGGAGACGGACUAAAGUCCUUGUUUGUGGACUGUGGACUCAAAAAGCUGCAGAAGGACCAUUCACACAAGCUGCCCGAACAUCUGUGUAGAUCUUCGCUCCGAGGCCUUUCCGAUUCACCUGGAUCUGCUGCAGCCAUGACUCCUCCAGCCUUCUUCCCACCUUCACCGAAGCUCGGCCUGCUCAUCUCCACUGCACUCAUGAUGAUGAUGUCACUUCCUGCAUCAGCUCUCGAACCAGAGACGUGUUUCUCCAGACAGCAUCAGGGGGUAACCGUCAACGUCAGAGUAGCCAUGAGCAUAGCCACGACGGCCACGGACACCCGGGCGGUCCGAUCCGAGAGAGACUGCGUCCUCGCCUGCUGCUCAGAGGAAGUCAGAUCAGGUGCCAGAUGCAACAUGGCCGUGUUCAACUCCAUCAAAGCGCCUGGUGAUGAUAACUGCAUCCUGUUCCACUGUCAGAGCGAGCAGGACUGUCCUCUAAUGAAGGCUCAGGACGGCAUCAACACCUACGACAUCUACAAAGGUUUAAGUCAUCCUCCCAUCCUGAGACCUGUCAGCACCACCACCACGCCAACAACACCACCACCACCCACCACCACAUCAACUACAACAACUGUAACUCCAACCACCACACAGGCCCCGCCCACCACAGAACCUCCUCCCAUUAUCAUCAUUGCCACGAUGCCUGUGGCUACUGCUCCACCCACCACUGCUGUCAUAACAACAACAACAACAACUACACCGUCUCCCACCAUCACCUCAAGAAAACCAAACAAAACCAGCAAAAAGCAAAACAAAACCACCAAGAAAGGAAAAUCUCAUCCCGUCAGCACCGUCACCACCACCCAGCCCCCUCUGAGCUCUACCACAUUACUUCCUGUUGCAAAAGCGAGCAAAGAUGCGGAGCUUAGAACUACAGUAACACCUCAAACUAUAACCACCACAACUACAACCACUCCCAGAACCACUCCCACCUGCCUUUCUACUACUACACCUACUACCACCACUAUCACACCCACCACCACUACCAGCACCACCACAACAGAGCCAACCACCACCAGGAAGACUUCUGCAACAAGUCUCAUCAUUGUACCCAAAGACGCUUUCCAGUCAGACCACGUCCGCCAACCUCACCCCACCCUCCAAUCAGACCACAUCCCCCAACCUCACCCCACCCUCCAGUUAGACCACGUCCCCCAACCUGACCCCACCUUCCAGUCAGACCGCGUCUCCCGACCCGACCCCGCCCUCCAGUCAGACCACGUCUCCCGACCUGACCCCACCCUCCAAUCAGACGACGUCCCCCGACCUCACUCCACCCUCCAAUCAGACCACGUCUCCCGACCUGACCCCGCCCUCCAGUCGGACCACGUCCCUCGACCUGACCCCGCCCUCCAAUCGGACCAAGUCUCCCGACCUGACCCCGCCCUCCAAUCGGACCAUGCCACUCAACUUGACCACGCCUCCAAGAGUCCAAGCUCCAGCCGGGGGAAGGCGGUGGCAGCCCAGGGGGCAUUGAAGAGUGGCGUGGUGGCGUUCAUGGUGCUGGGACUUGCUGUGCUCACUUUGGCCCUGGCUAUCGGCGGACGGAAGGCGAUGGAGUCUUUUGACCGACGCCAUUACACGAGACUGGAGCUGAACGACCUUCAUUACGAGGUGUGAGGACAUGGAAUUGGGCUGGCAUGGUUCAGGAUGUUCAUCACAUUAAAUAAUUAGUUUAGCAGUAUUUUCUCUUUGUUAUAAUCCUGGACUGUGAUUGGUCAGGGGGAAGAAGUUACUUCAUUAGACAGUAAAUGUGAUGUUAAAAGAAUGAAAUAUUAAUAUUAUGUUGAUAAUAUGCUCAUCGUCGUCUUAAUUUAAACCAUAUAUAAAA